AUGCCGGCCCUCGCGGAGCUUUUGGCGCGGAGAGCGGGUCUAGCAGUCGAGGGGCUUGAGGAUAUGGCGUCGAUGGUGGAAAGAGAAGCUAGAGACAUGGCACACAUGCUGGUUGAGCGCAUCAACAUACCAUACAACAGCUCGAGUCCGCCGGGACUAGUAGAGGCAAACACAAGAGACCCAUGGAACAAGAGUGGGAAAUACGCACUAGGAUGGGUGUACUUUUGCAUCAUUCUGCUGGUAUUCGCGGCUCUGAUACGGUUCUACAACCUGUUCACCGACAAGAUAAGAACGGCGUUGCAUCACGAAGAGGUACUGAAGUCCUCGGCGACCUCUUCGCCCGACACAGACUACGAGUUGUCAGUCCUGGACACUGACAAGUCAACGCACAAGUUCUUCCCACGGCAUGGGCCUUUGCCAGAGCCCACGUACCCAAAAGCACAGAGUUCGGUUUCGUCGUUUGCGCCCCUGAACAACGCAAUCGCUCUCUUCAGAUGGGUUUUCUAUCGCCCAUUGCCAGUGGUCCGGUUCGGCAAGAAGUUCACUAUAGUGUUCCCAUCUCUAGCCGUCGUGGUCAUCGUCAGUGCCGCAACAAUCUUUGUUACGCUGUACUGCUUUCUUCCGCAACCACUCUACUGGCAAAGUAUCGCAUAUGGCUCCCCUCCACUGGCCAUCCGGAGCGGAAUGAUUGCAGUAGCGUUGAUGCCUUGGAUCGUCGCUUUGAGCAUGAAGGCGAACCUCAUCUCUUUCCUCACCGGCAUCGGCCACGAGCGAUUGAACGUGCUGCAUAGGUGGGCAGCGUAUCUUUGUCUUUUUUUGAGCCUUAUCCAUACGAUACCCUUCUAUAUUACGCCAGCCGGAGACGAUGAAGGGCUACGCACCUUCAAGGGGUACUUCUCCGAACAGAGCUUCUACAUCUACGGCACAGGUGUGGCGGCCCUCGUACCAUUGUGCGUGCUCUGCGUGCACUCGCUCCCAUCCAUCCGCCUCAGGUUGUACGAGCUUUUCGUGGCCUCCCAUGUACCCAUAGCGAUCAUCUACCUAGGCAUGCUCUUCUGGCACUGCCACAACUACCUCACCUCAUGGCAUUAUCUCUUUUCCACAGCGGCGAUCUGGUUCUUCUCGUACAUCUUCCGCCUCUUCUAUCUCAACUGGACCAGUCCAUGGAGGAUGUCCUGGCUGAUCGGCAACGAGGCUGCCGUAACGAUCAUGCACGAGAACGCCGUCAAAGUUACGAUACCCACACAGACCAGAUGGAGACCUGGCCAGUACAUCUACCUGCGGAUGCCGGGCAUCUCCGUCUUUGAAAACCAUCCUUUCACUAUCGCGUCGCUGUGCAGCGACGACUUCCCCUCGGACUACGGCGAGGACUAUCGGGACAUGGUUCUGGUCUUCCGCCCGUUCCAGGGGUUCACCCGAAAGGUGCUGAACAGCGCCUUAGAGCAUGGACCGUGGCAUACCUACCGCGCCUUCAUUGAUGGCCCAUACGGCGGCAUGAACAGAUGCAUAGAGGCAUUCGACCAUGUCGUCCUCAUCGCCGGCGGCAGCGGCAUCACCGCCAUCGUCAGCCAGCUCCUGCACCUCAUCAAGCGUAUGCGAGACGGCAAGGCCACCGCCCGGAGCGUGCAAGUGGUUUGGGCGCUGAAGAGACCAGAGGUCAUGGAGUGGUUCAAAGAAGAGCUACGGAUAUGCCGAGAGUACGCGCCACCCGAGACGGUGCAGUGUCAGUUCUACAUCACGACCGCGAAGCGGCAGACGCACAACGGCCCGCUCGUGUCAGCGCAGACGCCAACGCGGCCGGUAAGUCUGCACUUCCACGACAAGGUCAACGACGCCUUCCGCACCAUCGCCGACAAGCGCCUCUCCGGCGGCCUGUCCAGCAAGCGUAAUAGCGCUUUCAUCCACGCCGAAGCGGCCGGCGAUCCGGAGCGCGAGAAGGAGCUUCGCAGGGAGAACGAGGAUGCCAUUACCGCGCUGCCGCAGGCCCACCUAGUCCCCUCUCGCAGCGCCUCAACAAGACACAUACAGCUGGCGCCGGCGCCGGAGUCGAGGCAGCCGGAGCUGAAACAGCCACAACCCGUGCGCUCGAUCCUCGAGAAGCGCAAGUCCCCCCGCAACCUCGCCAUCGACAUCGCCUCGGCCCAGCAAUCCCAAGGUUUCGACUUCGGCUUUCCCCAAACUCCCACCGACUUCCAGAAAAACCUCAUGCGCUUCGCCUUCCUGCCUGCAGCCGUUAAGAAGACGCACGACGGGUGGAGCACCGAGUACGGCCGCCCGGAUCUGCCGUUUAUGCUACGGCAGAUGAGCCGCGGCUGGACGGGGAGAAGGGCGUGCGUGUUUGUGUGUGGGCCGCCUGGCAUGAGGGUUGAUGUUAGCAGGACUGUUGCGGAGAUGCAGAGGAAGGUUUGGGGCGAAGGCGGGCUGGAGGAGGUGUUCUUGCACGCGGAGAACUAUGCGAUUUGA